CCGCUUUUGCAGUCAGUCUCUGCAAGUAGACGCCGGACAGCGUUAUACGUGUGGUGCAAGAUAAAGCGUCGAGUACAAGCAAACGACGAGAACGAGGACGGCCGUGCUACUCAUCUUGUCUGCCAGUUCCAACCCAGUCGUAUGCAAAACGUCGUUCAAAUGCGGGCGGUGUAUAUGCUUCCGCUCCUUUGACGGGUAAACGCGUAGAUGCGAGAUGGAACGGUUUGUCCCUCCGCUUGCAUUGCCGCUCUUCGAGGAGGUCGGGGGCAAGGCUGGCGGCCGGACUCGGUGUCGACUCUUUCGUGGAUCAGCGUAGGCCCAAUGUGGGUCAUGUGGGCAACACGAGUGGGUAAUCUUGGGUGUACUCGCGUUGGGCUCGGACUUGCUUCAACGAUCUGGCAUGCUCCGCUUCGGCCUGCGCGUUCCCACAUUUUCGAAAGACGCGCAAGCUCGAGGCAUCCUCUGGCGCCAUCGCGCGAAGCACGGGUAUAUAACGCCCACUCGCCGAGCUCCUUUCCAACAUCGAUUCAUCUCAACACCGACCAUGUCUCCCACCGAGAACAAAGCCCUCAUCCUCGAAGCCCCUAAGACGCCCUUUGUCAUCCAGACAAAGCCCGUGUCCAAACCCGGACCCGGUGAAGUCGUCGUCCGCGUCGAAGCCGCCGGGCUCAACCCCGCAGACUGGAAGAUCCAGAUCAACGGUGCGCCUUGGGUGAGGCUUCCCGGAAUCCUGGGCCUCGACGGCGCGGGGGUCAUCGAAGAGAUCGGCGAGGGAGUGGAAAGCGUCAAGACAGGAGAUAGGAUAUUCUUCUACGGUCUCGUCAGCCCGGGUGCGGAGGCCUUCCAACAAUACGUCCGCAUCUCCUCCGACCUUCUCGUCAAGAUCCCCGACAAUCUCAGCUUUGACGAUGCGGCCUCUAUCCCUCUCGGCGUUGCCACGUCGUUCAGCGGCCUUUACGCUCCCAAGUCGGAUAAGCAGGGCGGUGGCGCCGGGUUGACGCCGUUCUACAAAGAGGGAGGCGCCGGCAAGUACGCGGGGAAGCCGUUCGUGCUGUUCGGCGGCGCGACGUCUAUGGGUCAAUACGCCCUCCAAUUCGCUCGCCUCUCCGGAUUUUCGCCUAUCAUCGUCACCGCGUCCGAGCACAACACCGAUCUGCUCAAGUCGUUGGGUGCCACGCACGUCAUCCCGCGCUCGCUGCCCCUUUCCUCGUUCGCCUCAGAAGUUGCAAAGAUCACCGCCGCACCCGUCGAGGUCGCCUUCGACGCCAUCGGUUCCCCAGAAUCGCAGAAGGCGGGGCUGGAGGUCCUCGCCCCUAACGGGACCAUCGUCCUCCUCCUCCCUCCUACCCAAGAAUCGCGUGACAUCGCAGGGAGCAAGCACUUCGCCCACGUGUUCGGGGCUUUCACCCUCCCGCUCACCAAAGCGCUGGGCGCCGGAGUCGCCAAACACUUCCCGAAGUACCUCGAGGAGGGCGCCAUCAAGCCCAACCGCGUGCGCGUUUUGCCCAACGGCUUGGCAGGUGUGCAGGAGGGUUUGGACUUGCUUCGGGAUGGGAAAGUCAGCGGUCAGAAGCUGGUUGUGCGCCCGCAAGAGACGCCAUAAAAGUGGCCAACGAUCGUUAUCCCGUUGAAGAAAAGGGCAGGUGGGUAUGUAAACUAAUGUUUAUCUAUGAAUUACACGGGAGAAAUAGCCCGGCACGUUCAGCAAAUUCCCCUGAUGAUUGCAAGAUACACUUCAGCACCGAAUGCAGAGAUGCAUCUUUCAUCGUCCUAGUUGAGGAGCGGCACUAUAGUUUACAUAUAAGAUACAAGUGCUGUAUACUGUUUUAUUACGAGAAAUAUG